AUGAAUGGUGAUCGAAAUAGCGAACAUUGUGGUAAUCAUUUCAUCAACAAACUCAAACAAAUGGAACAUCCUUUUUCAUGGCCAGGUUCAGAGCCAGAGACUGAGAGUCUUCCACCAGCUACUGAUCAGGAAAUUGAAUUAUUAUACCGGUCCACAUUCAAAUGUGACUGGGAAAAGGUGACCGAGUUAUAUAAAAAAACACCAGGGGUUCAGAGCACAGUGAUCAUACCAGUGAGCUCAAAAGACACGGCACUGCACGUGGCCAUCAGUGAUAACAGAGAAGAAGAAGUGAAGAGCAUGGUAGAAUCAAUCGUCAAUCACAAGAACGAAAAAGCUCUGAUAAUGCAGAAUGGCAGAGGGGAAACCCCUCUGCAUCGUGCAGCCACAAGAAAGUCGGUGACAAUGUGUGAGUACAUCGUGGAGGCAGGACGGAGAAUGCAGACGGAUUUGCUCGGUAUUCCUAACAAAUGGGGCGAGACACCCAUUUCACAGCGGCUCUUUACAACCGUAAAGCCGCCUUCAUCUUCCUCCACAAGGCUGCCAUUGACAUAUGCCAGCACCCAGAAACACUUCUCACAAGAAUGGACAGUUCUGGAGAUACUGUACUUCAUUGUGUCAUUAGGAGAGAGCAUUUGGGUUCUACAGAUGAUAUAAUGAAUGAAUGGUUAUUGGUGUUGCAAAUAUUAUCAAACAUAUAUAUGCAGAUCUGGCAUUCUACGUAAUCAUAAUGUGCCCAGAUCUUGCGGGCAGAGCCAAUGUGAAGGGAGAGACUCCUCUUCAUGUGCUUGCUGGCAAACGUUCUGCCUUUAGAAGUGGCCUGAGCCUAUC